AUGCGUUUUGUGGGAGGUCUUGGCCAACAAAUCCAACACACUCUGAACCUGUUUCGUCCACAUUCUAUCUCAGAAGCUCAUCAGCAAGCCCUCACGAUAGAAACUCAGAACCGAACCGGUUCUCAAUCUUGGACGGCUCGAAAAACUCGACAGAAUCAAGCUGUUUCUUCAGCUACCCCCGAUAUUGUGCCUCCUAAGUCAGAAACCGCGAUCGUACCUGUCGACCCUUUGAAACAGCAACGCACGGGUGGCUUACGUUGUUUCUCGUGUGGAGAGACCGGUCACCGUCAAGCUUCUUGCCCACAUUGUAACAAACGUGGACUUCUUAUUGAAGAUAUCACGGGUGAUCAAGAACCGACGAAUGACGACGAAGAAAUAGAAACAGAAGAAGAAUUGUACCCAGACACCGGUCACCUCUUGGUGGUCCGUCGCGCUUGCCUGACACCCCGAGCAGAUGAACAAUUCCCGCAAAGGAAGCGAUUGUUCCAGUCUCGUUGUACAAUCAACGGGAGAGUUUGUUCUUUUAUUAUUGAUUCAGGUAGUUCUGAGAACGUGAUAGCAGCGGAAGCGGUUUCCAAAUUGGAGAUCAAGGAUGAGCCUCACCCGGCGCCUUAUAAGUUCGCUUGGCUACAACAAACAAACAAGCUGUUCGUUACACGGCGAGCACUUGUCUCCUUCUCGGUAGGCAAUUCUUACAAAGAUCAAAUAUACUGUGACGUCGCACCUAUGGACGUUUGUCAUCUGUUGCUAGGCAGACCUUGGGAAUUUGAUCGAAAGAUCAUACAUGAUGGGUUCAAUAACACAUACAGCUUCAACUUCAAUAACCGCAACUUUGUGUUGAAACCGUCACCUCCGCCCUCUUCACUAUAA